UUUAUCAUCGUUUAAUCUAUCUCUAUUGAAAAUAAAAUAAAUUUAUAUUCCUGGAUUAAUACAUCGAUUUACACAGAUUUACAGACUACGAGAUGUCAUACAUUGUGGAGUGGUAUAGAGAUGUGAUUGACAACAAAUAUGAUCCAAGAACACAAGAAUGGUUUCUGGUACCUAGUCCUGGUCCAAUUUUAACGAUCACAGCGACAUAUAUAUAUUUUUGCGUUUCCGCCGGACCGAGAUAUAUGAAGGAUAAGAAGCCGUACGAUUUAAGAAGUAUUCUGAUAAUUUAUAAUUUUAUCCAAGUUCUUAUAAGCCUUUACCUUGUUUAUGAAGGUUUGAUGGCUGGUUGGUUGUACGAAUAUAAUUUUAUUUGUCAACCUGUCGAUUAUUCAUAUAAACCAAGUUCAGUGAGGAUGGCCAAUGGCGUUUAUCUGUACUUUCUGUGCAAAUUGAUUGAACUACUGGACACAGUGUUCUUUGUUCUGCGCAAAAAAGAUCGGCAGAUCACGUUCCUGCAUCUUUUCCAUCAUUCACUGAUGCCAUUCUGUGCCUGGAUCGGUGUGAAGUUUGUUGCCGGUGGUCACCCAACUCUACUUGGUAUCAUUAACUCUUUCGUCCAUAUCUUUAUGUACACCUACUACAUGUUGGCCGCCUUCGGGCCGUAUAUGCAGAAGUAUCUUUGGUGGAAAAAAUACCUGACUAUCUUGCAGAUUGUACAGUUUAUCAUAAUAUUUUUCCACAAUUUUCAAAUGCAAUUUACUAGCUGUAAUUUCCCCAAGCCAUUGUCAUUUCUACUUAUGAUCAAUGCUGGCUUGUUCACUUAUAUGUUUGGAUCAUUUUAUGUGAAUAAUUAUUUGAAUUCAAAAGUGGGACAAAUAUCGAAGACUAAUGGCGCUAUUAAUGGCUCUGUUAGUGUUAAUGGCAACGCAAUUUCCAACAAAAAGCAUGAAUCAUAA